AUUAAAAAAAUACAAAUGUCUACUUCCCCACCAACAUCUUGCGAUUGGAUGCUCCUGGUUGAACAGAAGAAUAUAAAUGUCCGCGUUACGACCAUGGACGCUGAGCUGGAGUUUGCCAUCCUGCCCAGCACGACUGGCAAACAGCUCUUUGACCAGAUAGUGAAGACCAUCGGGCUGAGGGAAACCUGGUUCUUUGGCCUCCAGUAUCAGGACAGCAAAGGCUUCUCCACCUGGCUCAAGCUGAAUAAAAGGGUCACAGCUCAAGAUGUGAAGAGGGACAACCCAUUGUUGAUUAAGUUCAGAGCUAAAUUUUACCCUGAGGACGUCGCAGAUGAACUGAUCCAGGAGACAACACAGCGCCUCUUCUUUCUGCAGGUAAAGGAGAGUAUCCUAAAUGAUGACAUCUACUGCCCUCCGGAGACUGCAGUGCUCUUGGCUUCGUAUGCAGUUCAGGUCAAACAUGGAGACUACAGGAAAGACUAUCACAUCCCAGGAUACCUGGCAAGAGAGAAACUGCUGCCACAAAGGGUUAUGGAGCAGCACAAGCUGAAUAAGAAUCAGUGGGAGGAAAGAAUCCAGGUGUGGCAUCAAGAGCACAAGGGACUGCUGAGAGAAGAUGCUAUGGUGGAGUACUUGAAGAUAGCCCAGGAUCUGGAGAUGUACGGGGUCAACUACUUUAGCAUCAAGAACAAGAAAGGAUCAGAGCUGUGGCUGGGAGUGGAUGCACUGGGGCUCAACAUCUACGACAAAAAGGACAAGAUGACCCCAAAGAUUGGCUUCCCCUGGAGUGAGAUCAGAAAUAUUUCCUUCAAUGAUAAGAAGUUCCUCAUCAAACCUAUCGACAGGAAAGCUCCGGACUUUGUUUUUUACGUGCCUCGUCUUCGCAUCAACAAACGUAUCCUGUCCUUGUGUAUGGGGAAUCAUGACCUGUACAUGCGCAGACGUAAACCUGACACCAUCGAGGUGCAGCAGAUGAAGGCCCAAGCCAGGGAGGAGAAGAACAAGAGGCAGAAGGAGAGGGCUCUGCUCGAGAGUGAGAAAAAAAAGCGAGAAAAUGCUGAGAGGGAAACAGAGAAGAUUGCUCGUGAGACCAUGGAGCUGAUGGAGAGAUUGAGACAGAUUGAAGAGCAGACAAAGAGAGCUCAAGAUGAGCUGGAGGAGCAGACUCGCAGAGCUCUUGAGUUAGAGAAAGAGAGGAAAAUUGCUCAGGAGGAGGCAGAGCGUUUGGACAAGGAACGCAGAGGUGCAAUUGAAGCUAAAGCAGCCCUGCUUUACCAAUCUGAAUCCCAGAUCAGGAGCCAGGAGGGUCUGGCCACUGAGCUGGCAGAGCUUACCUCUAAGAUCUCCCUGCUGGAAGAUGCCAAGAAGAAAAAGGACGACGAGGCAAAGAAAUGGCAGAAAAGGGCGAUCGUGGUAGAAGCUGAUUUGAGACGGACCAAAGAGGUGCUGAAGACUAAACUCAUGGGUGUUCACAUCCAGGAUUCGGCCCAUCCUCAUAUGCACGAGCACGACGAGACGGAUGAGAGCAGCGCAGAGGCCAGCGCCGAACUGACUUCCCCAGGUAUGGUCCGAGAUCGCAGCGAGGAGAAGAGAAUAACGGAGGCCCAGAAGAACCAGAGACUGCAGAAUAACCUGAAGUUCCUGAGCAGUGAGCUGGCUGGAGCUAUAGACGAGACCAAAAGGACCCUCAAUGACCUGAUCCACGCGGAGAAUGUGAAGGCGGGCCGUGACAAGUACAAGACCCUGCGUCUGAUUCGUCAGGGCAACACCAAACAACGCAUUGAUGAAUUUGAGUCCAUGUGAGAGAGACUUCUACAGGCCCAGUUGCUCUGACAGCAGGAUAGGGAUAGAUGAUUGAAAGAUUUCAGAAGGUGUAGGUGCAUAUUAUUACAUAGGUAGAAAAUUAACCCAGUAUAACGGGUUAAACGUGACAAAAAAUUAUUUUGUUACUGUGUGUUAAUGCUUUCAGUGCAAAGACUUUAAAAUUAAUGUCUUUUAAUCUGGAAACAUGUCAGUGCAGAAAUGGCAAAUGCCCAUUACAACCCCUUAUAUCUAUUUAAUAGGAAAAAAGGUGCAUUUAUUAUCUACUACCAUGCUGUGGAUAACUAUGCUUUAAUUAAUGAAAUCUCAUUAGACACAUUUGAAAUCUCAAUAUGUCAAGUGAUGAAAACCUUUUUAAUAUUGAUUUAUGACAGAAAUGACAUUUAAGACACUGGUUAGUAUUCUAGCUAAUUAGUAAAUCUUCUGUACACUUCCAUGCACAGAAACUCCUCCAUGGUGUUAUUUGUGCAUCAGCUCACAUAUGAAUUACUAUCAGCUUUAUAUAACAGUGCAACCGCCAUCACUGUACCUUUGCCAUGUCACUACCUUUACUCCUGCAAAAAGCAGAGUGGCAGUGACAAUGCAGCAACCAAGACAUACCUGAGAAUUUGUAUCUACUUUAAUUUGAUGUAAGUGAUUUGUUCCUGCUUUCCAAAGCUAUCCCCUUCUCUUGUUCUGCUGUCUCAAAAUAAACA